CGGGCAGGUUUGCGUGUGUUUUCGGGGCGAUGUUGCAUUGCUUCAGAGUUGGGCUGUUGGUGCUCGGUGCAUUGACAUGUACCGCGGCUGGACCUUUGCAUGCUCAGUGUUCGGUGGAAUGGACAUUUGGAAUUCCUUGUAAUAGUGUGUAUCUCGAAUUAGUGACCCAAAUUAAAGAAUGGAAGACUGCUGAUAAUUGUGUUAAUGGGGGAGAGAAGUGUUUGUACGCUCUGAAGUCUGCAAAUGAACAUUAUAUUGUUGCUGAGCACACCACUCCAGUGCACAAGUACGUCGAAAACCUUGCAUUCAAACUGGCUUCCUCCUUGGACAGGAGAUCCUGCCAUGUCUCUGGAUUCUCUGUUUCUGAACGGUGGUAUGCAGUCUUAGACUUUGGUACAAAUUAUUGCAACUUACACAACCUCAUCGAAGGUAGUGGCUUAGACAAAGUUUCUGGCUACAGUGAAUCAACAAACAACUUUAAAUGCACUCAAUAUUCAUCAGCUAAUUGUACAAUUUACUAAAUGAGGUGUGCUUCAGUAAUUCAUUAAGAAUAAUCAGAAAUCUGCAUAAUGCUUAGUAACUCCGGGAUGCCAAUUUUAUACCCUUCUUGUUUAGGGAAAACAGACUUUGAAAUUGUUGUCUUUUCGGUAUUAUAACCACUCCUUCUUUAGCAAUAAGAUUAACAAAGCUCUAUGAGGGAUUGAAUAAAGAAAUCAAGUGCUUGGCACCAUGUUCAGUAGUGCCAGGGAGCAGCUAGAACUCCAUUUAAUGACUGGGUCCCUUGUAAUUCAAGUUUCAGCUUCUUGUCACUGUAUAGAAAAAUAGGUAAUUUGAACCACAGAAACAAGCCACUUUGCCCAAAUGGCCAAUGUAGAUAUUUAAACUCCACAUGAGCCCAUUUCCAAAGCUGAAAUCUAGAUCUGAAUUUUAAGUUUUACUUGAGGACUGUUAAUAAUUUUGGGAAUUCUAUCUGCCUUUAGAAAUAUUACUGCUCAGUAAUGUGUUCUGGUAUUUUUAUGAAUUAAAGUAGUAUCGUAUUGUAUUCUACUUUGUUGGGUCAUCUUGGAUCCAGUGAAAUCAUCUUAAAAAUCUUUAUAACUGAAACAUAUGCCUACUGUGAAACUCAAAAGGUAUUAAUAGGAGUUAUUGUGACAAUGUGGUGGAGGAUUCUAACACAGCUGAAUGUGCUGUGUAUGCUGUCCAGUGAUGGGUAAAUGAGCAAAAGGAAUAAUGCAGCAAAAAAUAAAGAAGUUAUGAAGAUAUCAGGAAUGUAACAUGGUCCUCACGCUGAUUCUGGUUGCAACAUGUAUAAAAAUGUUCAAUUUCUCAGCUUUGAUAUCCCCUAACCUCAAUGAACUCAAACAUUUACACCUUAUUUUCUAAUCUGUAGGCUGCUUUAAAAUCCAUUUGAACAUAGUGGUACAGUUAUAAUUAUACAAUAGCCUUUUGAAAAACCAGUUGGUUUGACUCUAAUUUUUCCAUUUGAUAAUUGUACACAGGUGGAUCACAAUCUCACAGUGCAGAAGAGGCCCUUUGGUCCAUCGAGUCUGCACCGACAUGUAAGAAACACCUGACCUAACUACCUAAUCCUAUUUGCCAGCGCUUGGCGCGUCAUAACUUUUAAGGCCAAAUGCUCAUCCAGGUGGUACUUAAAGGAUGUGAGGCAACCUGCCUCCACUACCCUCCCAGGCAGUGCAUUCCAGACCGUCACCACCUUCUG